UUACCAAAUACAAUUACUACACUCACAUUCAGUAAUGAUUUUAACCGAAUUAUUCCACACGGCACAUUACCAAAUAGUCUCACGACACUCACAUUCGGUAAUUAUUUUAACAAAGUACUUCCACCCGGAACAUUACCAAAUAGUCUAACAACACUCACAUUCGGUUAUUGUUUUGACCAAGAAGUUACACCUGGCACAUUACCAAAUAGUCUCACAACACUCACAUUCGGUGAUAAAUUUAACCAAGAAGUUCUACCCGGCGCAUUACCAAAUAGUCUCACAACACUCACAUUCGGUAAUUAUUUUAACCAAGUACUUCCACCCUGCGCAUUACCAAAUAAUCUCACAACACUCACAUUUGGUUAUGAGUUUAACAAAGUAAUUAAACCCGGCACAUUACCAAAUAGUCUCACAACACUCAGAUUCGAUUAUUUUUUUAACCAAGUAGUUCUACCCAGAACAUUACCAAAUAGUCUCACAACACUCACAUUCGGUCAUAGUUUUAACCAAGUACUUCCACCUGGCACAUUACCAAAUAGUCAUACCAUUCUCACAACACUCACAUUCGGUCGUGAUUUUAACCAAGUAGUUUUACCCGGCUCAUUACCAAAUAGUCUCACAACACUCACAUUCGGUAAUUAUUUUAACCAAGUACUUCCACCCGGCUCAUUACCAAAUAGUCUCACAACACUCACAUUUAGUUAUCGUCUUAACCAAGUACUUCCACCCGGCACAUUACCAAAUAGUCUUACAACACUCACAAUCGGAACUAAAUCUAAACACUUUUUUCCACCCAGUUCAUUACCAAAUAGUGAUACCAAAGUUAACAUAUAA